AUGAAGCCUGGUACUUUCCUACUCCUGCUUUUCCUCACAGACGCCGUGUGGACUCAAAAGGUGUGUAGUUACCAGGAUGUGCUUGACUACCUGAACCUGACCAAGGGUAAUGAUGCAUACACAUCAACGCGACCCGUUCUGGACUACACACACGUCACCAUGGUUAAACUGGACAUCCUCCUCUAUGCCAUUCUAUCAGUGGUUGAGAAAACCCAGACCUUUAUUCCUUUAAUCUGGGUAACGAUGAUCUGGAACAACGAGCGCAUCUCUUGGGACCCCGCUCAGUUCUGUGGAAUAAACCAGAUUACGCUUCCCAAGGAAAUGCUGUGGCGGCCAGAUCUCUUCAUCUAUGAGAUGACAGAAAAGGAUGACACUUAUCAGAAUCCCUAUGUAUAUGUGUCCCAUGAGGGGAUGGUCACCGUUGAGGACGACCAAAGGGUGGUCAGCACCUGUAAGAUGGACGUCCACAAGUUCCCCUUCGACACGCAGAGCUGUAACAUCACCGUUAGCUCUGCCGUAUACACCGUUGGUGAACUGCAGCUCAUCCCAUUCUCCAACUCCUCCCGGGCCACCCAGUUUUCUCGUCAGGUGAUGCAGACCCAGGGCGAGUGGGAGUUCCUCGACCUAUCGGUCAGCAACGUCACCUUCAUCUAUGACCAAAAUGACUAUGAGAAUAUUGUCUACACUAUCAACAUGAGAAGGAGGCCCCUUCUACACGUCAUCAACUUCCUGUUGCCAAUCCUGUUCUUCUUGUGUUUGGAUCUGUCCUCCUUCUUCAUCUCAGAUCAACGCGGGGAAAAGCUGGGCUUCAAGGUCACGGUGCUGCUGGCCAUAUCUGUGCUGUUGCUCAUCUUAAAUGAUAUCCUGCCCUCCAUGUCCAACAAGACCCCUCUCAUAGCAACUUACUGCAUUGUGAUCUUUGCUUUGAUGCUGCUGAGUCUGUUGGAGACAGUCUUUGUCACAUAUUUGAUGGAAAAGGACAGUCUCCCCCAGGAAAAUGAGGCAGACAGAGGUCAAGGCCUGAAAGAACCGCAGCGUUAUCCAUCUGGCUGGUGAAGUAAUCCACUCAGACUUAACCGGCGGAAAUCUUAUUCACAGGUUAGCAGCGGCGAACGGCCAGGCAAUUCUCAUGUGUUGCUCAUGAUCCUGGAGGAACUGAGGGAGGUGCAGAAGACUCUGGCUUUGUCCCUCAGUUGCAGGAAGGAAGGACAGAAGGCUGGCUACUGGACCAGGGUGGCUAGAGGAGUCAACACCGCUUUCAUCAUUUUUUACGUUUCUGCUGUCAUACUGUUUCUAACUCUGAUGUAUGUAGAAUGGAGCACUUAG